CAAUGCCAUUAUUAUUUCCUUUUCUUCUUGCAUCACAUGUGUCAGGCAGAAAGAAGCAACCAUACUCAUCCCCAUCUGUACAAAAUAAUAUUUUAUAUAUAUAUAAAAAUUAUUCUCUCGACCUUCCCAAUAAAAUCAAAUAAAUUAAAUUAAACUAAUCUAAACAAGCCCUUAUUUCAAUGCAGUUUCAUGUAAUAAGAAGUACCAGCACCUCUGCUUUGCGUAUGCAUAUGUCUACUGCCUAAACCGACCUCAAAAUAAUUGUAAUAAUAAAUUAAUAAGUUUCAUUUAGGUGUCGGUGAUUAAGUGCAGAGUCUGUCUGUUCGUGAAAGAUUAACAGCAAAAGGAAAAAAUAAAAUUAGGAAAGGAAGAAAGAAGAGCAAAAUCUUUGGUACUGUGCGAAAAAGCAACAAAAAAAUGGUGGAAACAGGCAAUCACGAUCACCACGCGCCGCCGCCGCCGACUCAGGCGCCUCCUCCGCCCGCCGUCGCACCGCCGCUCGGCGCUGCGAGAGGCCCGCUUUUCCCUCCGGCGGAGCAGCUCCUUCAGCUCAAUUACUGCAUCCAUUCAAACCCUUCUUGGGUACAAACCGCGAUUCUCGGUUUCCAGCAUUACAUUGUUAUGCUCGGGACGACUGUCAUGGUGGCCAGCGUGCUCGUGCCUCGAAUGGGCGGAGGACCCGGGGACAGAGCACGGGUGAUCCAAUCAUUGCUCUUCAUGUCCGGAAUAAACACUCUUCUUCAGACAUGGUUUGGCACGCGGCUUCCGACUGUAAUGGGCCCGUCGUUCAGUUAUGUUAUAUCUGUGUUUGCCAUUGUCAACGAUCUUUCCGAUACAGAUUUCCAAAGUGAGCAUGAGAGAUUCACUCACACCAUGAGAGCCAUUCAAGGAUCGCUGAUUGUGUCUUCAUUCGUUAACAUUUUACUCGGAUACAGCAAUGCCUGGGGAAAUCUUACAAGGUCCUUGAGUCCAGUAAUUUUAGUUCCAUUCGUCUCCGUAGUAGGUCUUGGCUUAUUUUCACGAGGUUUCCCUCAGCUCGGAAACUGCGUCGAAAUUGGCUUACCUAUGCUGAUUUUGCUGGUGAUUUCCCAACAAUACUUGCAACACAUUCAUCCAGUUGCCCGGCCCAUGCUAGAGAGAUUUGCUUUACUCGUCUGCAUCGGCCUUGUUUGGGCGUUUGCUGCGAUUCUUACAGCUGCCGGCGCUUACAACCAUGUUAAGCAGCAGACCAAAAUAAGUUGCCGUACUGAUCGCUCCUUUCUCAUGUCGUCUGCUCCAUGGAUCAAGAUUCCAUAUCCUUUUCAAUGGGGUACGCCUAUAUUCCGAGCGAGUCACGUCUUUGGAAUGAUGGGUGCCGCGCUAGUUUCUUCAGCCGAGUCAACGGGAACGUUUUACGCGGCAGCACGGCUUGCUGGCGCGACAUCACCACCCGGGCACGUGCUGAGCAGGAGCAUCGGGCUACAGGGCAUUGGGCAGCUGCUUGAAGGGAUAUUCGGCUCAGUUGCCGGGACAACUGCUGCUGUUGAGAAUGUCGGCCUUCUGGGAUUGUCCCGAGUUGGAAGCAGAAGAGUUGUGCAGAUAUCGACUGCUUUCAUGAUCUUUUUCUCGAUAUUUGGAAAAUUUGGGGCAUUUUUCGCAUCAAUUCCAUUGCCAAUAUUUGCCGCGAUAUAUUGCAUCUUAUAUGGUAUUGUUGCUGCUAUCGGGAUUUCGUUUAUGCAAUUUACAAACAACAAUUCUAUGCGGAACAUCUACGUGUUAGGGGUCACAUUUUUCUUGGGCAUAUCGAUCCCCCAAUAUUUUGUGAUGAAUACAGACGGGGCUGGGCAUGGACCUGUCCGGACAAAUGGAGGAUGGUUCAACGAUAUCCUGAAUACAAUAUUCUCGUCGCCGCCAACUGUGGCGCUGACGGUCGGGACAAUUCUGGACAACACAUUGGAGGCGCGGCAUGCCGGCGACGAUCGAGGGCUUCCGUGGUUGCUGCCCUUCCACCACCGGAAGGGCGAUAGCCGCAACGACGAAUUCUACAGCUACCCGCUGCGUAUAAAUGAAUACAUACCCACUCGAUUCCUGUAAUGUAAUUACUAAUUAGUAUAUAUAUACAACAUCUUGUUUGUUUUGGUUGGUAUCGGAUUACAUUUUAGUUAAGUACUAAAUGUAAAUUAUAUGCAUGAAAGAAUGCACCUUAGUUUUCAUUUUUAUAUAUUUUUUGUUUUCAUUUCUGUAA